AUGUACCAACUUUCAGAAGAGUCCAAGGAGCGCAUCGCGCGCAUCAUCGAUGUUUCCCGCGUCGCUAUUCACUAUGGCUACCUGCCUUUGAUUCUAUACCUUGGAUACUCCCAAAGCGUGCCCAAGCCGUCUCUGAUCCGGUGA